AUGUCUCUUACACUACCCUCUCAGUCAUCAAUUGAUGAAAUUCAUCAUCAAUGGAUGAUUAAAUAUGGACGCAUGUACGCAAACACAUCCGAGAUGGAAAAACGAAGGAUAAUAUUUAAGAAGAAUUUAGAAUUUAUUGAAAGGAGAAAUAAGAUAAACAGGGCUGCUGGCAAGAAUUAUACAUUAGGUCUUAAUGAUUUUUCUGAUUUAAACACCGACGAAGUGAUUUCAUGUUCUGGAAUCAUGAACAUUCCAGACAAACUUAUUUCUUCCAAUACAAUGUUCUUCUUUAAUGAUAUUCCAGAGUCUGUUGAUUGGAGAGAACGAGGGGCUGUCACCUCGGUUAAAAGGCAAGGCACUUGUGGAUGUUGUUGGGCGUUUGCAACUAUGGCAGCUAUAGAAGGUAUUUGGCAAAUAAGAAUGGGUGAUUUGAUCUCACUAUCAGCCCAACAUUUAAUUGACUGUGAUCCGGGGAGCAACGGAUGUCGCGGUGGUUAUCUCAAUAGUGCAUUUGAGUUUGAAAGAGUACACAGUGGUGGUGUUCCUAGCGAAAAAGAUUAUCCAUUUAAAGAAAUUCAGCAAGCUUGCCGUAAUAAAUUUAUACCCUCAGCAGGAUUUGAUGGUUAUCGAUUUGUACCUCGUGGUGAUGAACAACAACUACUACAAGUUGUGGCACAACAACCAGUAGCAGCUCAAAUUGCUACUUGUCCUGAAUUUGAAGCUUACAGUGGUGAUAGAAUUUAUUCAGGACCAUGCGGACCCGUUUUGAACCAUGCGGUUGCUAUAGUUGGUUACGGGGUAAGUGCUGAUGGACAAAAGUAUUGGAUAAUUAAGAAUUCAUGGGGUGAAUUUUGGGGUGAAUCAGGCUACAUGAAAUUGAUAAGAGGAACUGGAUCUCGAAGAGGUCAUUGUGACAUCACUGCUGGUUAUUCUAUUUAUCCCACUCUCACGGUUUGA